AUGUCCCCUCGACGGUCCUCUAGGGCGCGUUCAGCUGCUCAUCACGGCAAUUCGCACACAUCGGCUUCGUCUCACUCAUCCUCAUCGUCUACCCGUCGAGCCCGUAACAAGUCUCGCUACGGCGGUGACUCGCACAGUAUCACCCGAGCGGACUCGUAUGACGAAGUAGACGAGCCAGUAGACGAAGACAUGGAAGACAAUUACUCUGGGAACGAAGAAGAGGAAGGCGAGACGCGGUGUAUUUGCGGCUUCAAAGAGUACCAAGGCGGCUCUGACGAUAGCCACACUGACCUCACCGAUGGACUCUUCAUCCAGUGUGACCAGUGUCAUGUCUGGCAGCAUGGUCUGUGUGUCGGGAUCAGGGAUAAGGCUCUAGCCCCCGAAAACUACUUUUGCGAGCAAUGCAAGCCAGAUAACCACGUUUUGUAUGAGAAGAAGGGAGGACGACAGUACUCCACCUACAUUGGGUUCGGCCCGGAACGCGUAGACCCUAAUAAGGACCACCAUACGAAACGACGGUCCACUAUGAACUCCCGCGAUGCAGCCUACGACGAACAGAUGUUCCACCAGGCCCUUGAGCAAAGCAAACAACAAGACGAAAGGAAAAGCACUGGUCCCAGGAGUCGAAAGCGUGGUACCAGUGAGACUUCUGACGAACAUUCUACGAAACGACAAAGAACGUCAGAUUCCCCCGAGAAGAAGGAACCGACUCCAGUCCACGAUGAUACGGCCGAUAAACCCGCCCCCGGUAGUAGGAAAUCUCGCAAUGGAAGAGCAUCCGCACCCACCUCAGCUCCGCCCACCGCAACGCAGUCAAGCUCCAACAAGAGGGCUACUGGGAAAAGCAGAGGGGAAAGGGAUAAUCGCCGAGAUGGUACUGCUACACCCACCAAAGUCACUCUGGUAACUCAUGCUGACAUCAUCACAGAGUCAGAGCAAUCAGAAGAGACUCCCAGGCCGACCAGAAAUACCGUAGCAUCUGCCAAAACGGAAGAACACAUUCCUACAAUCUCUACUCCCGCUCUUGAAGUCCCAGACACCCCAUCAAUGACAAAACGUAGCGUCCGAAGCAGACGCCGGGCUGGCACACGUAAUAAUCGUACAUCCGAAGACCCUGGCGAGAGUUCCUCCCACGCAAUGGCUAGGGACGUCUCUGCACAGGGCACUGAUAGCAAUGGUGUCCACGACCGACCGGCGAAGCCCCGUCUGCCCAACUCCCGAACUACAAUUCAGGAGAUGCGAAGGCGAGUUACUGGCAUCUCGGAAUUCAUCUCUAAAACACAGGUCGACAUGGUUGGCCAAAAGCAGAGAACCACAGUCUUUGGUGCUCUUGUAUCUGCCACUUCGUCUGGCAGCCUGAACACAGACCUCUUGUUUAACCUCCUCGAUCAAAACAAGACCCCUAAUUCCAAUACCUCAGCCCCUACCCCGACAUCUGGCGUGCCUGACAAAGUCAUAGUCGUCACGGAUAAACCAGAAAGCGAGCAGUCAGUGCCGAAUACUAUGUCUAUGUCGAGCACGGAGCUCAUGGACUAUCUAAUGAAAAAAGUGAAUAAUUGGGAAUUCACCUACAACCGGGCCGAGAGAGUUCAUUGA